AUGCCCUUCGGGCUAAAGAACGCCGGCGCGACUUAUCAGCGACUCGUCAACCGAAUGUUCGCUGAUCAGCUUGGCAACACCAUGGAAGUGUACAUCGACGACAUGUUAGUCAAAUCGCUCAAGGCCGACGAUCACCUAAGCAACUUACGCGACUACUUCAAGAUCUUGAACGACUACGGGAUGAAGCUAAACCCGGCCAAGUGUACCUUCGGUGUCACUUCGGGAGAAUUCCUCGGCUACAUUGUCACUCAACGAGGAAUCGAGGCUAACCCCAAGCAGAUCUCGGCGAUCCUCGACCUUCCAAGCCCAAAGAAUAGCCGCGAAGUACAACGACUAACCGGAAGCAUAGCAGCUCUCAACAGGUUCAUCUUGCGAUCAACUUAUAAGUGUCUUCCCUUCUACGAGCUACUAAGGGGCAAUAAGAGGUUCGUCUGGGACGAAAAGUGCGAGGAGAAUACUAACCAGUCAGAACGGUUGACUAAAUGGGCGAUGGAGCUGAGCGAACAUGACAUCGUGUACAAGAAUCACACAGCAGCAAAGUCACAGGUACUUGCCGAAUUCUUGAUCGAGUUAACACCAGAACUGGAGCAAGACCUCAUCCUACCAAGUUUAAACUGGAUCUUACACGUCGACGGUUCAUCUACGAGUAAAGGGUCGGGGGCAGGAAUGCAACUGCAAUCACCAACAGGAGAACUCAUCCGGCAGUCAUUCAGUUUUGGUUUUUCGGCGUCAAACAACGAAGCUGAGUACGAGUCUCUCAUCGCAGGGCUCCGUCUCGUCAAGGCAGUGAAGGCCAAAAGAAUCAGCGCUUACUGCGACUUUCAACUUGUCGUAAGCCAGUGCCUCGGCGAUUACGACGUCCGCAACGAAUGGAUGGACGCCUACCUCAAACUCGCGGAACAGACUGCGAUCGCAGCAGCGAUUAGCGAAGCGAUGGACAUCGACGAAGCAGAACCUCCUUCGCAGGAUGAUCAGCCAACAGACUGGCGCAAAGAACUCAUCGAUUACCUCGCUGAAGGUUUAUUGCCCACCGAGAAAUGGGACGCGCGGCGACUGAAGCGACGUAGCGCACACUACGUUGUCAUGGACGGGGAACUACACCGAUGGACCGCGACGAAGGUGCUACUCAAAUGUAUCUCUGGCGAAGAAACGAGACUAGUCAUGGCCGAAACACAUGAAGGAGCAGCAGGCAAUCACUCGGGCGGACGAGCUCUCUCAUUAAAAGUAAAGAAUCUCGGAUUCUACUGGCCAACCAUGAAUGCCGACUGCGAGACAUACGUGCGCAAGUGCGACAAAUGCCAGCGUCACGCUUCCACCUUACACAGCCCAACGGAGUUCCUUCAUACCCUAACUGCUCCAUACCCAUUCAUGCGAUGGGGAAUGGACAUCAUAGGUCCGAUGCCGGCAUCUCGCCAAAAGAAGUUCAUCCUGGUCCUCACAGAUUACUUCACCAAAUGGGUUGAAGCCGAAGCCUACGCCAGCAUCACCGACAAGGAGGUGCAAAACUUCAUCUGGAAGAACAUAAUCUGCCGACAUGGGCUCCCAUACGAGAUCAUUACAGACAACGGUUCACAAUUCAUCUCGCAUUAUUUCAAGGGAUUCUGCGACAGAUGGCGAAUUCGACUCAACAUGUCGACCCCGAGUAACGGCCAAGCCGAUUCGACGAACAAGACCAUCAUCGACGGUCUGAAAAAAUGA